AUGGAGACCACAGAAAGCCCGCCAAGUCCAAACAGGCGAAUGCGAAUCUCCCCUUUUGCGCUGGGCGGGGCUUUCAAGCUAUCGGAUCAGGUCCAGCAGCGAGAAGAGGCUGAUUACAUGGAGUGGAAAGUCCUGAAGAACAAGCUGUCAAUACAUCCUGCAACCAUCUGCUACUAUCUGCCACAUCUCCAGAAAAAUGAAGAUGCUAUUUACCCAAAAGUCAUAACUGAGCAGAGUAGAACUGGGGUAUUCCUAGUAAUUGGUAUAUCAUCAGUGCGAAGAAAAAAGGAAAGUUAUUUGAUGAGUACAUUGAAUUCCCUUUUCAAUGGAAUGUCUAAAUAUCAGAAGAAAAAAUGUGUGAUAGUUGUCCUUAUAGCAGAGGUGAACUCAACAUAUGUUAAUGGCAUUGCAGAAAGCAUUAAAAGAAGCUUUCCAAAUGAAGUUCUUUCUGGUGCUCUGGAAAUUAUUUCUCCCCAUGAAUCCUUUUACCCUGAUUUCUCCAAUCUUAAGGAAACAUUUGGAGAUUCAAAAGAAAGAGUGAGAUGGAGAACAAAACAGAAUUUGGAUUAUAGUUUCUUAAUGAUGUAUGCCCAACAAAAAGGAAUGUAUUAUUUACAGCUAGAAGAUGAUAUUGUGGCCAACCCUCGCUAUUUAUAUACAAUAAAUGACUUUAUUGAACAAAAGAUAUCACAGGAAUGGAUAGUUCUUGAGUUUUCUCAGCUUGGGUUUAUUGGAAAAUUAUUCCGAUGCAAAGACUUACCACUGAUAGUAGAAUUUUUUUUAAUGUUCUACAAAGAUAAACCAAUUGACUGGCUACUAGACCACUUAAUUUCAGUUAAAGUUUGUAAUCCAGAGAAAAAUGGAAAAGAUUGUGAAAGCCGGAAGUCUAAUUUACGCAUCCGUUAUAAACCAUCACUUUUUCAACAUGUAGGAUUUCAUUCUUCUUUAGCUGGAAAAACACAGAAGUUGAGAGAUGAAGAUUUUGUCAAAACAUCAUUAUUUAGGAAACAUGUUAACCCUCCUGCAAAAAUGAAAACAAGCUUAAAAGUAUUUCAGCAGUUUACUCUAGAAAAUGCUUACAAUGGAAUAGAAAUAUUUUGGGCAUUUUCUCCUAAAGCUGGAGAUUAUAUCUUGUUCAGUUUUGAGGAACCAUUGAAAAUAAUAAGUUACUUAUUUAGAAGUGGAAAUUCUGAGCAUCCUAGAGACAUAUUGUUUAAUGCUACUGUAGAAGUUUUACCCAGUAAGGAUAUUAAUUUACAGACUGUAAGAAACAAUGCAAGAAACAUUAACAUCAUAAAAACUUGGGAUGGAUUUUUUCAGAUAGAUAACUUUGAAGAUGGAGUAGCAAAGGGUGCAAUUCUCCCAUUUUUAGGAAACAUACAAGCUUUACGUUUGUUUAUCCAUUCUAAUUCUUCCAAAUGGAUACUGCUGAGUGAGAUAUUUAUACAGACGUAA